ACUCCAGAGCGGAGUGUUGUCGGUUCGGUUGUCGCGUCGUCUCGUCGCCGCGCCGGUUCCCUUCAGUCGAGCCGCGGCCGCCGAGGUGUGACAGUGCAGUGCUCGCGUCUCCUCUCCGAUCGAAGCCCGCGAAAUUGUAAAAGUCGUUCCAAGGAGCAAGAGAGAUGGCCUGUAACAGAGCCGCCAAGUCCGGAUUUGCCGCCGAGGCCCAGAGAAAGAUCAAUAGCAAGUACAGCGAGGAACUGGCACAGGAAUGUCUGGAAUGGAUCAAAACGAUUACUGGCGAAAAUAUAAACACCACCGGGGAUAUGGACAAUUUUUACGAAACCUUGAAGGAUGGCGUCCUACUUUGCGUCUUGGUGAAUGACAUUAAGGAAGGAUCGGUGAAGAAAAUUAACAGGACAUCGCUGGCUUUUAAAUGCAUGGAAAAUAUAAAUGCUUUUCUGGAGUCUGCGAAAGCACUAGGUGUCCCAGCACAGGAGACCUUCCAGACCGUAGAUCUUUGGGAAAGACAGAAUUUAAAUUCCGUUGUCAUUUGCCUACAAUCUCUUGGAAGAAAGGCGGGUAAUUACGGCAAACCAAGUAUCGGUCCUAAAGAAGCGGAUAAGAAUGUACGAAAUUUCACGGAUGAACAACUCAGGGCUGGACAGGGCGUGAUAAGUCUACAAUACGGUAGCAAUAAAGGUGCUAAUCAAAGUGGCAUUAAUUUCGGAAAUACCAGACAUAUGUAAACCAUUAUUUCGUAUUUUCGCUGAAAAGCAAAAUCACUCUAUUUCUUACCUUAUCUUGACUGUGUUCCCUCAACACACAAGUAUUCCUUUAGUCAUAGUAAAUCGCAUAAUACAUGUUCAUCGAGGUCCAAAAUAAAAUAUAUUAAAUGGUGCAUUAGAUAUUCUCUGCGCGUAUAAUGGAAGAGAACACACAGUAAGAUAUUUCAAGUAAAAGUGAUUUGAAAAUCGUAAUUUGAAAAAAAAGAAAUGAUUUAACUCUCGAAUACACAAGUGAGGGAUUUUUGAGACUUUGUAAUAUUUAAUUUUUAUGAUAUUUUUAAUAUCAUUGAUCAUAUCUUUUUUUUUCUUAAGCUGUCUUUGAACAAUACUCACAAUGUGAGUUUAUAUAUAUUAAAUUUAUUUUCUUAUUUAAAUUUUUAUAAAUUUUGGAUUCUUAAUAAAAAUUUAAGAAUCCAUAUAUAUCCAAAAGUUAAAUAAACUAUAUUUUGUUUUUGCAUUAAUAUGAAUUAUUUAAUUUCUUUAUCAUUACUUAUAUAUAUACUACUUAUUAUUUUUGAUUGAAUCGCAUUAAUGAUUUAGAAUCGAUAUAUGAUGUCAUAGUUAUACAUCAUAUAUGUAUGAUAAAGUGAGUAUUCUAAGAAAAAUAGUAUAUGUAGUGCUUUAUAUCCCGUUUCCUGAUUAUAAGACAACUUAAAGUGAAAUCGAUUAUGUGUGUAUAAUACGUAUGCUACUGAUGUGUAAGUUAUUGUAUUUCAUGAUCACAACGCAAUUGUCUAGCUCUCAGGAUAGAAAAUACAUAAACAUUCUUAUAAUUACAAAAGAACAAAGAUAUGUGUAUGUAGCAUUAGUCUGGACAAUUAUAAUACUUGUUAAAUAUUACAAAGUAUAUUGUACAACGAUAGAAGCCAUAGACUUGGCUAGCCAUGUUGUCAUUGCAGUUGAACACUUUUCACAAUUUAAUAAAAUUAUUUUACAAAUUCA